AGAGGGUGUUGGGUUCCCUGGAGUUGGAAUUACAGGCGGUUGGUUGUGAGCUGCACACAUGGAUCUGGAAACUGUCCUCCAGCGAGAACAUGAAAUAUCCGGCGAACAAUUCUUUUCUUCUCCAUCUCACGAUUUUUCGGCCUCAGCCUCCCUAGUGAUGAGAUUACUUGCAUGUACUACACUGCUCACUUGGAUUGGUAACAGCUUCAGAUUUUUAAGGUUGAAGACGAUAUUAUACUGGUUAUUUCCUCUCCAGCAGCAUUUUAAUGAGUAAAAAAUACCUUGGGAACAUUACGAAAUUACUCGUAUGUAUCUGCAACGAAAAGAGCGGAAAAACAAAUUGCUGGAUCGCAAGAGUAAGGGUGGCCCACCGUCGCCGGAAGUGGGCUGGGAAGUAGCGCUUCACCGCCCGCAGCCUGCUGGGACUUGUAGUUCGAGUCCUCGAUGAUGCCCUGGAGUCCUGCGAUACCAGGUGUGGGUCCUACCUACGCAAGAGGAGAGUCAAACACAAAUUCUGUGGAGAAUCUUCAAGAGAAAGGCCUGCAGGGAGCUGGAGAGAUGACUCAGAGACGAAGAGCACCUGUGGCCCUUGCAAGUUCAGUUCCCAGCACCCACAUGGUGGCUCACAACCAUCCAUAACUGCAGUUCUAGGGGAUCCAAUGCCCUCUUCCGACCUUCAUAAGUACCGGGCCGGUAUAUGGUACACAGACAUACAUGCAGGCAAAAACACUUAUACAAAUGAAAUAAAAAUAUUUAGAAAGAGAGAAGACUUCAGAUUUACCAUAGUAGUUUUCCUAGUGACUAAUUUUGGAAGAGAUGGCCAGUCAGUACCUGGAAGUUGAAUGUAUGUUGUGAAUCUUCAAGAAGGACACACAGAUGUUGAAAUAGAUUCCUGUCAGUGAUUUCACAAACACUGAAAGUGAAAAAAUAUUUAUCUUUGAAGUUCCAAGCCAAAUGGCCAGACAGGUCUCCUCUGUGAAGUUGUGUAAGAAGCCUCUGAGGAAAAAAGUUCUCUUUGUAACUGAAGAAAGAACUGAGAAAAGGAAUAAGCAGGGAGUGUCAUCCCACAGACCAUGUUCAGAGAAUCUUCAAGUUAAACUCACAUCUGAUGUACCAGAACCAACCGGUCCUCUGUUGUUCCUUAGUGAGACAACUUGCCAACAUGUCCAGUUCAAAGGCUCCUUGUUUCCCUUUGACGGUGAUAAAGACAUUUGUAGAUGGACGCCACCAUUAGUCACCUCCAGUCUUCAGAGAAACCACACAAAGGCCUGUAGCUGUAAUGACUCCGGGAAGGCGCUUAUCAACCCAGAUGGUCAGCUCAAGAAACCCCCUGCUUCAGAGACACUAUACAGAUGUGGUCAGUGUGGUGAGAACUACUCAGAACUGAUGCUUCAUCAGAGAGACCGCCUGAAAGGAAAAGCCUGUGGGUGUGAGCCCUGUGGGACAGGCCUCACCAGGAGCUUGUCUGCCGUCCGUCAAGCGGUCCCCAUGGAUGGGAAACCGUACAAGUGUGACAGGUGUGGGAAGGCCUUCACCAGGAGCUCAAGUCUGCUCGUCCAUCAUGCCGUCCACACAGGUGAGAAGCCGUACAAGUGUGAACGGUGUGGGAAGGCCUUCAGCCAGAGCUCCAAGCUGCACAUCCACCAGCGAGUCCACACCGGCGAGAAGCCCUACGAGUGUGAGGAGUGUGGCAUGAGCUUCAGUCAGCGGUCCAACCUGCACAUCCACCAGCGCGUCCACACGGGAGAGAGGCCCUACAAGUGUGGGGAAUGUGGGAAGGGCUUCAGUCAGAGCUCCAACCUUCACAUCCACCGGUGCGUCCACACGGGAGAGAAACCCUACCAGUGCUGUGAAUGUGGGAAGGGCUUCAGCCAGAGCUCAGACCUUCGCAUCCACCUCCGAGUGCACACCGGGGAGAAGCCCUACCACUGUGGCAAGUGCGGCAAGGCCUUCAGCCAGAGCUCCAAACUCCUCAUCCAUCAGAGAGUGCACACCGGGGAGAAGCCCUACGAGUGCAGCCGGUGUGGGAAGAGCUUCAGCCAGAGCUCCAACCUGCACAUCCACCAGCGGGUUCACAGGAAGGACCUUCACUGAGGAAUGAGUCCGCUCAGGGGUUCAGGAUCCUUUCAUUGGGAAGAUAAAUGUUUCAUGGCCGAGGGCACAGAUCAGUGGUAGAGCGCUUGCCCAGCAUGGAUAAAGCCCUGGGUUUGAGUUCCACUACCCACCCCACAAAACUUCCAGCUUAAUACUUUGUACUUGAAGGAGUGUGUGUGUUCAUGUAGAGAGGAUACACGUGCUGUGCAGAUAUGUGCAUGCGUGUUUACACAUGUGUAUGGAGGUCAGAGGACAUCUCAGGUGCUCAGAUGUUUGUCACCUUUUUGUGUGAGACUGGGAUCAGUCACUUGUGGUAUGGAAUGUCACCGAGUAAGGUAGGCAGCGAGUUCCAUGGAUCUACCUGUCUCCACUUCUCAGCUCACCCUGGCUAGGAUUACACGUUGUGAUACCACACCCAACUUUUUGUAUGUGGAUUCUGUCUCAAGCUUGCAGAACAAGAGCUUUACUGACUGAGCUAUCUAUCUCCCCAUGCCGCGGCUUAAAUACUUUUGAACCUUUGUAUUCCUCAAAAGACAGAGAUAGUAAGGGUUAUUCAGAUGUAAUCCCUCACGGGGGAAAAAAAAAUCAAUCCUUCAUUAAAAGUAUCUGAGCACCCAGCACAUUUCGUGUUCUACAAUGAAUAGAUAAUUCUUGUUUCUCAGAUGGGUAGAGUGUACGUUGCAAUUCUGCUAGCAUUGUUAGAAGUAUAUUCCACAAUUUUAACUGAAAGAACUUUGGUUUUUUCCAAGAACAAUAUGUUUCCUUUGUUCAUAUUCUCUGAGAAAUUGAAUUCACAUUUCCUUUCAAA